AUGGUUUUAUCUGCAGUCACCUUGGCUAUCGGCCUAUAUCUUGGCCAGCUUUCAUCAUUCACAUUCGCGAAUAGCUUGUCAGCUAGACAAAGCCCAGCAGACCCCCAGGCUUUGAAAGGCGGCGCACUCGGCCGCCGGACUUACGACAUUUAUUACUCAAACCCCUGGCUCCCGAGAAAAGACUACGGCUACAAGUAUGAUGGGCACUCGGGAAAGGAUGACAACAAGUAUGGCUCCGGAAAGGGAUACUACAGUUAUGGACAGGGCUCGUAUGACUCUGGGAAGGGCUCGGACGGCUCGGGCAAGGAGUACGAUUCGGACAAGAAGAGUUAUUAUGAUGAUGGAGCCGGCAAGAAUGAGGUCGGCUACAACAAGCAAAACUCUGGGAAGAAAGAUUACGAGUCGGAUUCCUACAACCCAUACUACAAGUACGACGAUUCCGGAAACAAAUACGAUGCCGGAAAGGACUAUGACUCGGGAAACAAAUACGGCUCGGGGAAGUACGAUUCCGGAUACUCCUCCGACUCGGAAAACAAGCACGGCUCCGAUGACAAGUAUCCCGACAAGUAUCCCGGCAAGUCCGACGAUAAGAAGGACGCCAAGGACGCCGGGAAAGGUUAUAAGGGGGACGGUCAAUACGAUGACAAGGACACAUCAUCCGAAUACCAGAAAGAUUCCGGCAAGAAAAACGACUCGGAUGAUGACAAGAAGAACAACGAUUACAACCAGUACUCGAAAGAUGGAUCGCAAAAUUACGACAAGGAGAAAGACCCAUACAGCUAUGGAAAGGACGAAGACUCCAAGAAAGACGGUACGGGUUACUCCCGCGUCUAG